AUGGGUGUGCGGCGGUUGCUGCUGCUGCUCGCGUGGGGCCGGGCUGGCUGUUGCUGGCAGCCCACGGCGUGUCCCCACAACGAGUCGUGGCCCUGCGUGCCCAAGUGCUGCCACAUGGGCAGCGCGCUCGACCACUCUUCUGGCGGCUGCCUGCCCUCCAGCGUGCCAUUCGACCCCAUCUUCGCCGGAGGACCCGACCCGGGGCCCAACUGCCUAAGGUGUAACCUCAUCGUUGGAGAACCUUGCCCAGACAAGUACAUGCUGGACGUGGACGACGAGUACCAGCUGUUCGCGAACGGCUCGCUGCGGCUGUGGGACGGCGAGUGGCUGGGGCCGGACGACUUCUGCGUGGACGCCUACUGGUCGCAGCUGCGCCAGCUGCCGGUGGCGCUGCCAUUGCUGUGCUACGCGGGCGGCGCGCCCGGCAGCGCCGGCGAGCACGCCAUCCGCUACGUGCUGUACCCCCUCGGUAAGGGCGCAGGCCUGCUGGUGUCGGUGCCGUUCCUGGUGGCGACGGCGUGGGUGUACCUGCGCUUCCCGCAGUUGCGCGACCUGCACGGCCGGGCGCUGGCCAACCACGCGCUGUGCCUGGCCGCCGCCUACCUCAGCCUCUCCGUCACGCAGCUGGCCGGCCACCGCUUCUCCACCGGCGCCUGCAUCGCCUUCGCGUUCCUCAUCCAGUUCUCGUUCCUCGCCGCCUUCUGCUGGCUCACCAUCCUCGCUCUGGACACCACGUGGAAGGUGAUGAGCGUGACGGGGCGCCACCCGUACCCCGAGGAGCGGUCGCGGCAGUGGCGCGCCUGGGCGGGCUACUCGGUGUUCGCGUGGCUGGCGCCCGCGCUCUGCCUCGUGGUCACGCUGCUGGCGGACAUCCAGCCCAGCGUGCCGCCCUCCUUCGUCAGGCCCAGCCUCGGAACCGCCAGCUGCUGGUUCAGCAAUAAGGACGCGGCUCUGCACUACUUCUACGGGCCGAUCGGCCUGCUGUUCCUGCUGAACGCCGGCAUGUUCGCCGUCAGCAUCUACCGGACGUGCACCUACCCGCCGGCCUUCAGGGACAGGUCGCCCACAGAGAGGGUGCGGAUGGUGGUGACGCUGUUCGUGUCGAUGGGCAUCAGCUGGACGAUGGAGCUGGUGUCGUGGGCGGUGGGGGGCCCGGUGUACGCGUGGCUGGUGCCCGACCUCAUCAACAUCCUGCAGGGCGCCAUCCUGUUCGUCAUCUUCGUGCUGGAGCCCAGCGUGAAGCGCGUCGUCUUCGCUGACAGCGACGCCAGGCGUCCGCGGCUGGUGCCCACCUCUCUGGAGUCCUCGCGGCUGCAGCCCGUCUGACCGGGCUACGCGCUAUCCUGCAUUGGCUGGUCAGCACCUGUCCCAUACAGAGGGGCAGCCAGCUACAAGGCACUAUAAGUUUCAGCAUUUGGCUGGACUGAAAUAUCUUCGGCCACGUGAUGUCAAACCCUUCACUGUUCAGUCAGACAAAUUGUUGAUGCACUUCAGUAUGUAGUCUCAGUGCGAAAAAGAAACAAAGUUAGAAGACGUAAGUAUGGAAUUAGCUUUCCAGCAUUCCGACAUAAGCGCUUCAGAUUAGUUCUGAAACUGUGGCCCAGGAAAAUCUAGUGCCGGCCGGAGUGGCCGUGCUAGGCGCUACAGUCUGGAGCCGGGCGACCGCUACGGUCGCAGGUUCGAAUCCUGCCUCGGGAAUGGAUGUGUGUGAUGUCCUUAGGUUAGUUAGGUUUAAGUAUUUCUAAGUUCUAGGAGACUGAUGACCUCAGAAGUUAAGUCGCAUAGUGCUCAGAGCCACUUGAACCAUUUUUGAAAAUCUAGUAGUUAUUGAAAACACCACAGAGGUUCCGGUGAAAAACCACGGACCAAAUUAAAAAUUCAGUGCGUAAAGCACUGAACUAAUCUUAUCUCUCACAAUGAAAACGAGUCCGUUUUACCGUGUUCAUUCGUCAUACUCAUCAGCUUUCUUCGUUAAGAAAAAGAUUAAUGACUGUGAAACAAGAUCGCAGUUUCAUUCAAAUGUGCGUUAUUGAUUCCUGAUUGUUUUUGGAGGCGAAAUAGUUUUGUAAUUUACACAGCUCUCAAAAACAAAAAAUACCUGAAACUUUCUGGCAUAUUAACACUGUGUACCAGAGUGGAAAUCGAACCUGCGACGUUUGCCAUUCAUGGGCAGGUGCUCUACCGAAGUUGUAUUUCAUUCAGAUCAAGUCUACAAUCCAGUAAAUCACUUAUUUCUAUAGACCACAUCUACAAACAGCUUUUAUAUUAUGACCUUCAAGGAGCUGAAGCAAUACUUCUCUGAAGUAAUAAAAAUACUGAGAAAUUUAUCCCCCACUAACCAAUAGUUAACACGGUUUUCGAAAUUGUGUGGAUAAUGUACAGAUAAAAAUUUCUAAAAUGAUUAUCGGCGAAAAGUCACUAAUUCUACUACUUUACAAACUAUAAUGGUUUUCGUGUGUCCCAUCACUUCUGUUUGUCACUCUGAAGGCGACUGGCGUAGGUGACUCAGGAUCGUCAUCUUCUGAAUGCUAUCCUGAGAUUCUUUUUUCAGUUUUUAGCAGACCAUCAUCUUGUUUUUCCUGCUCCUUAGCAAUCCUCAUUUUGUAUUAAAAGUUCUUUUGCACUAUGUUGCAAUGUAACUGUAGUGUCUCCCAUAGUUUUAACCUGUCCUGCAAACUUCUUGUCCAGUUCUAUCGUUUUUCUGAGCUUUCUCCUUUUCAUCAACUAAAUUCUCCCUCGAAGAUUUAAUUGUUUGCUAGUGUCGCAGUUAAGUAUGAUUUAUCCGUUACAUUAUUCCUUUUUUAACACUUAUUUCUUCAUUCAACACUCCCUUCCUCUCUUUAACUCCUCAUUUCUAAUUUCAUAAAUCAAUUUAUUUCUGUCUUAACUGCGUUUUUAAAGAGGGAUUUCAUCUGUUGAAAUCAUUCACGGAUUCUAUGUUCUUCUUCCUUACCAGCUCAUAUACCUUAUCAAGAUUCACGACCCGCCCUCACAGCUUUACUUCUGGCAGUACAUCUCUUAUCUUCUAAACUAGCGCUACUAGAAGGAAGGAUAUCGCGGAGACAUUGCUUACCCAUAGGUUAGUGGAUUGUUUUCACUGCAGAUGAAAAUUCAUUCUAGAAGCAGUCCUCAAGGCUGUGGCUAAGCCACGUCUCCACAACAUACGAGGGGCGUUUGAAAAGUCCGUUUAAAAAUAAAAACUACUUACGUGUUUGGGGUAAGCCUUUUCUAUUUUUCGACAUAGUUUCCUUUUAGACUUGUACACUUCAUCCAACGCUGUUCUAAUUUGUUGAUUCCUUCCGAAUAAUAGGAAUUGUCCAAGUCUGCAAAAUAGCUAUUAGUUACUGCAAUCACCUCCUCAUUUGAAUAAAAUCUUUGUCCCACCAGCCAUUUCUUCAAACUGGGGAACAAAUAGUAGUCCGAGGGAGCCAAGUCUGGAGAAUAGGGGGGGGGGGGGGGGGGGGGGAGAUGUGAAACGAGUUGUAGUCCUG